AUGCACCUGCUCAAGCAACGCAAGCGUCGCUCCGCGCCGAAAACCGUCUCCGAGAAGUUGCACGAGCAGUUUGCUCCGUCGGCGGUUGGUGGCGCCGGAGAUUCCGACAGUGACGAGGGCCCGCAGGUGGCCGACUUUGACGAGAACGACGCGGACAUUGAGCGGGCCGUGGGUGCUGGGUUGAGCGAGAUCCGGAAGCGCAACGUCCAGCUGCUGGAUGCCGUCGACCGGAAGUACCAGGGCCAGGUCGCGUCCAGGAGGGAUGUUUUCGAGGAGGAGAACGAUGAAGAUGGCGAGGACGAUUCCGAUGGAGAUUCACAGCCGGGGGCGUUUGUAAGGUUAAAGGUUCCCGAGGGAAGCGAUGACCAGAGCGAAGGAUCGGAGGGUUCCGGAAGCGACGGAGAGUCCGAGGACGAUGAUGAUGAAGAUGACUACGGGGACCAGGAUUUCUCUUUGGGAGACUUUUUGGGAGGUGCCCCAAGCGAUUCACAAAAGCUCAUUCAAGACGAGAAUCGGCAGGAAGCGGUUCAGAAGGGAACCUGCGUCCAGAACCAGUUGAAGAUGUGGGAACGAUUGCUGGAGAUGCGCAUCAAAAUGCAGGGUUGUCUGGUGACGGCCAACGCGUUGCCCCACGAAGACAAGUUCAAAAGUUUCUCAAAGAAUGAACAGUUUAAGGAGGCUUCCCAGAAGGUCGUCCAAACGGUCGAAUCUACGCUGAAGAACCUGCUGGAAUUGCAGACCACCCUAAUCGCAAGCUUUCCAGAAACGAAAGAACUCGCCAAACCAGGGACAAAGCGACGGUUAAAGGACCAGAAAUCAUCCGGAUCGAAGCACUCCCGGCUCACCGAGUACGAGUCCCUCCUCGCGGACAGCUUCACCACGUACAAACCCUACCGGAACGACGUAAUCCAGAAGUGGCACGACCGCACAAAAGCGUCCAGCGGCACCAAGAACUUCCACCAAUCGCUGAGCGUCGUGAAAAAGAUCGAAAAUGCGCUGCUCACAAAGGACGAGCUCAUCCGCAAAACGCAACUCUUCCGCGGCGGCUACGAACUGUUCGAAAAACCUGCACCCUCAGCCUCCGCCGCCAAGGAGGGCGUGUCCGCGGAACCCGAGUCGACCUACGACGGGGAAAUCUUUGACGAUUCGGACUUUUACCACGCGUUGCUGCGCGAGCUCAUCGAGUACAAGUCGAACACGGCGGAAAAUCCGGCGCAGAUCGGCGCCAAGCUGGCGGAACUGCAGAAGCUGCGCAGCAAGAUGAAGAAGCAGGUGGACACGCGCGCGUCCAAGGGCCGGAAGAUAAGAUAUGUCGUACACAAAAAGUUGGUCAACUUCACCGCACCGGAACCAAACAACGCAUGGACAGACGACGCGAAGAACGAGCUGUUCAUGUCGCUAUUUGGAGGAACGAGCACCGACAACGGCGGCGAGUAA